AUGAGUAACCAAAUGCCCGAAACACGCCGGAGACAUUUAUCAGUUAGUGAAGAAGUUGAGUCAUGCGUGAGACCAUUAUCUGGUAUUAAGGGGGACUCUUCAAGUGAUGGUUACAAAUCUGAAGAUGCCUCCCAAACAAACGGGAGGAUUUUUUCAGAAGGGGGGUCUCAUGAAACUUCACAAAGGCCCAGAGAUGCAACAAUUUCAGAGAUAGGAAAAAUUGGUUCCGUUUUCAUAAUUAUAUUAGAACAUGUUAUUUCGUCAAUUACCCUCAUUUUACCAACCCCGUUAAUAGAUGCGUUUACAUCGUUGAGUAGGUUUAUUUUUUCAUUUUUCAAAUCUAGUGAAGUGAAAUAUGACAAUCUAAUCUCAGAUAAACAUAUUUCGAUGAAAGAUAAGGUUUUAAGUAAACUCGAUAAAUUGAAAAACUCACAGAAUUUUUCACAAAUUUGUCAUUUGAAUGGCUUUGAGGCGGAGUCACAUUUAGUUCACACCCAAGAUGGGUUCAAACUCACAUUGCAUCGAUUAAAACCAGAAAACAAUGGCUAUACAUCCAACGGGAAGGCGAUUUAUUUUCAGCAUGGCCUGUUAAUGACAUCGGAUGUUUGGUGUGUCAUGCUAAACAAAGAUGAUAAUUUACCAUUUAGAUUAUGCGAACAGGGGUAUGACGUUUUUCUAGGCAAUAAUCGUGGAAAUAAAUAUUCAAAUAAACAUGUGGGGUUUAGUUCAGAUGAGAGAAAGUUUUGGGAUUUUUCCAUAGAUGAGUUUGCAAUGUAUGAUAUACCAUCUUCUAUUGAUUAUAUUUUGAAGCUAAAGGGGAUUUCUACAUUGACUUAUAUUGGAUUCAGUCAAGGAUGCUCGCAAAUUUUGUCUUCGGUUUCCAUCAAUGACGACUUGAAUCACAAGAUAGACAAACUUGUACUUAUAGCACCAGCAACGACCCCCAAGAGACUGUCAAACUGGUUACUUAAUUCUAUAAUAAACUUUAAUCCGGAGAUGAUGUACCUGUUAUUUGGACGGAAGAUUUUGAUGAAAUCUGUUAUUUUCUGGAGGAAAAUUACUUAUCCGCCAAUGUUCAUCCAGUUGAUUGACUUGCCAAAUAAAAUUCUUUUUGAUUGGAAUUCGGUAAAUAUUGAUGUCAUUCAAAAAAUGGUUUCUUAUUAUCACCUUUAUUCAACCACCUCAGUCAAAUGUGUUGUUCAUUGGUUUCAAAUCAUCAAAUCUAAGAGAUUUCAAAUGUAUCAAGAGAAGGAUUACUUUGAGCCCUUUGAAUAUCCAACAGACACAAGAAUUGAUAUAUCUAAAUUAUUGAUUAUUUAUGGUAUGAAUGAUUCACUUGUUGAUAUUGAUACGCUUGUAUCCCAGCUACCAGCUUUUAACAAGCAACACUUUACGCAAAUCAAAGAUGGGAAGGUUGUAGGUAGGAGAGAGGUUGUGAUAAAGGAAAAUGGAGAGGGUGUGGACGAUAAAGAGCUCAAUGUCUUUGGUAUCUAUGGCCACGAGCAUCUUGACCUAUUAUGGGGGAGAAGGCAACAGGAAAACGUCAUCAACAACGUACUAGACUUUAUCUGA